UUGACGUGUACUUGGACGGAGUCUCUCUUAUUUAUUUCCAAUCCAGCCGACACGUUUUCACGUUUAUUUUUUUUUUUUUAUUUUUAUUUUCCCCUAUUUUUCCAUCACAAUAGGCCCGUAAACACGGCGCCAGUGAUAGUAAACCUACGGAUACGAUAUCCUGGGGGAUAAUAACGUAAACAACAACACUCGUGGAAUAAUGUGGUUUUUACCCCUGAACGUCUGAUGAUAAUGAUCAUCUGACCCCGAGGAACUUGCAGCCACUUAGAAUCGAAUGAGUUUUGUGAGGCAAAUCAAUGUGUGUUUGUUGAUUGUGGAUUUCUUUUUUUUUUCACUGAGUUUGUUCCAUUGAGUUGUGGGUUAAUUGUUGGUAGGAGGAAGUGAACAAAUGAGAGGCGAUACAGUGUUUAAUCGGUAAAACGUUAAUUUGGAAAUCGACGAGGAAUUUGAUGGAUUGAAAGCGAAAAGCUGGUGAAGGAUUUGAAGAAAAAAUAUAUAAAGGAGAUACAUAAAAAGAAGGAAGGGAAAAACGAAGUCGAGUGGUAGAGAUGUGGCAAUGGCGCUCGUGUCCAACAAGCAAUGGAGUGGCUGGUCUAUGCACGGGCUUAGUUUGCACGUAGUUCGUGGCUGAAGGGAGGAUACUAUAAUUUCUAGGACUGAAUAACAAAUAUUUGAUUGUCCACGGAAUUGAAGGAGUUUGGUGAAGCACUGUGGGAGGGCCCCGAGGGCCCUGUUAUUCAUAACCCCUCGAUUUCCUUUGUUUUUUCAUUAUCUGGUAUAAAUUUAUCACUGGAUAAUCGAUGAAUCAAUGGUAAUGUCAAUCGCAGGUUGAUUGACACAGAUUAAAUCGCCCACCUUGAUGCAUGUGGAAACAAAAUACUUGGGAGUACUCGGUGGAAAGGAUAUUCAAUCGAGAUUUAUUCCCUUCAAUAAAUCGUGAAAAUAAGCACAAAGUAUUGAAUGAAGAUGAAGGAAGACAGGAUCGAGACUAAACGAGAGAACUUUAUCGUUGGAUUUGGGUGCAUUUCUUAAUAAGGGAGGAGAAGACGCUGAGAUACGGGGGAAGAAAGAAGUACACACAUGCCUGUAGCAGGGGGAAUUCUCGUCGCUAGGAGUGCAUCGCGGUGCCUGUACUCUGCCGCUGGCAUGCUCAGGUUCCUUGCCAGACUUUCAGGGAGACGACGACACGUGCGUCGAAAUUGUGGCGGUGUACCAGGUGCUGUUGAAUCGUCACAGGAAGAGGAAGCGAGAACUAGCGCACUGGAUGGACAGAUAAUAAUUGAUCCCCGGAGAAUAUCCGAGGAUAGGCUUGAUGACGUUAGACUGCGUUGUCUUCAUUAUCGUCGGCAUAUUGAGGAAAAUAGAUUAGAUGAUAAUCAGAGAUGGAAGCUCAACGAAGUUGUCGAUACGAGUCGAAACGAGGUGGAAAGUAUUACGAGGAUAGCGGAUAUUCACAGGGCGUCCUCCUUAACGACGAGUAUACAGAGAACAUGUCCUGACGAUAACAGUGAUAACUCGAGAUGUAGAUCGAGUUCAUCGUCGUGUCAUCGGAAUGACACGUCGAGGUCUUCUGGCGUUGCCAGGUUUCGUCGGAGACGCCGAAUUCCAUCGUACUUUGCAACAUUACUCGUUCUAUCGUACACGCUGUUUGGAAUAACAGACGCGUGCUCGUCGAGGUCGACGCCUAAGCCAAGACCACCAACACCGACACCAAGACCCAACAUCACAUUCCCCUUGUACGCAUGUCCACCGGAUUAUGCGGAAUGGUACUGUCUCAAUGGAGCAACGUGCUUCACCGUCAAAAUCCAAGAGUCACUUCUUUACAAUUGUGUAUGCACCAAUGGGUUUGUAGGACAGAGGUGUGAAUUUAAAAAUUUGGAUGGUUCCUAUUUGCCUUCCAGACAAAGGGUUAUGCUGGAAACCGCCAGCAUCGCCGGAGGUGCCACUAUAGCAGUAUUUCUCGUCGUUAUUAUUUGUAUAGCGGCUUACAUUCACUGUAAACGUAAACAGAAAGAAUUGCGAUCAAGUAAUAACUGCGUAGACACAGUGGAUGGUCCUGGUAGAGAUCCGGAGCUGAGGCCGUUCAGUAACCGCAGCCGCUCCCUCAUGAUCUUCAUGGCCAAGAACCAAAAUUCUUCGUCAACGGCGAUGUGUCCCUCGAUAGAGCAAACCCGAAUGCCCGUAUGGAAUGACUACUCCCAGGUGGAAAUGACGAGACUAGCCUCGAUAAGCGAACCCAAACGCUCGAGUCAAUAGUCACCAAGGAAUUAAAAAAUAAUAUAUAUAUAUAUGAACAUUUAUAUAUAUAUAUUUCGACUAAAGCCAAUACUCUCACCAAGAUUCUUCGCUUUUAUAUAUAAAUAAGAAAUAACAAAUCUAUAUAUUUAUAUACAAGCGACAGAAUUUAAGACCUUUAUCGAACAAUAAAAGGGGUAAAUUA